AUGCUGCUCCCGCUCGCCGCGCUGCUGGCCCGCCUGCCGCUGCCGCCCGCCCGCGGGGGCCGCGGAGCGCCGGGCUCGGUGGGGCGCCCCCCAAACGCCUCCGUCAACGCGUCGUCCGCGGGGCGAGCCGCCCCGCGGCUGCUGGCCUCCGCGGCGCCGGGCCCCCCGAGGCCCGGGCCGGAGGAGGCGGCGGCGGCGGCGCCGUGCAACAUCAGCGUGCAGCGGCAGAUGCUGAGCUCGCUGCUCGUGCGCUGGGCGCCGCGGGGCUUCCAGUGCGACAUGCUGCUCUUCUCCACCAACGCGCACGGCCGCGCCUUCUUCGCCGCCGCCUUCCACCGCGUCGGGCCGCCGCUGCAUCGAGCACCUGGGGCUGGCGGCGGCGGCGGCGCAGCAGGACUGCGCCUGUGCGUGGGCUGGGGCUGGGUGGGGCGCGGCCGCCGCCCGGCGCAUCCGGCCCGCCGCGCCGCCGCCGCCGCCGCCGCCGCCGCCGGGGCGCCCACCGCGCUGCCCGCCUACCCGGCCGAGCCCCCCGGGCCGCUGUGGCUGCAGGGCGAGCCGCUGCACUUCUGCUGCCUGGACUUCAGCCUGGAGGAGCUGCAGGGCGAGCCGGGCUGGCGGCUGAACCGCAAGCCCAUCGAGUCCACGCUGGUGGCCUGCUUCAUGACCCUGGUCAUCGUCGUGUGGAGCGUGGCCGCCCUCAUCUGGCCGGUGCCCAUCAUCGCCGGCUUCCUGCCCAACGGCAUGGAGCAGCGCCGGACCACCGCCAGCGCCGCCGCCGCCGCCGCCCCCGCCGCCGUGCCCGCGGGGACCACCGCCGCCGACGCGGCCGCGGCCGCCGCAGCCGCGGCCGCCGCCGCGGCCGUCACCUCGGGGGCGGCGGCGACCAAGGAGCCCCGCUCCUCCCCGCGCCCGCCCUGUGCGCGCUCUCGGGUGCCUUUCCGCCGGGAGGUUCGGCCGGUGUGCUUCGUGCUGUCGUGA